ACAGGAGAACAAGGAGACAGGAAUGGAGAGGGUCAUCGAUAGUGUGGCUUUGUUUAAGAAGCCUGGCGUGACGGGUAGAGGACUCUAUAAACUCAGACCAGAGUGUGCCAAGAUGUUCAAUCUUUACUUCCACCAUUACUCCAGAGCUGACCAGUCUAAGGCUGAAGAAGCUCAAAGAAAAAUAAAGAGGCAAAAUGGGGAAGAUUCAGUUCUGCCUCCACCAGUCCUGCCUCGCUUCUGUCCGCUGUUUGCCAGUCUGGUGAACAUCCUGCAGUGUGACGUGCUGCUGGGCAUUCUAGGAGCUGUUCUGCAGUGGGCAAUGGAGCCUAGUGGAGGACACUGGUCUGAGUCCAUGCUUCAGAGGGUGCUGCAUCUCAUUGGGAUGGGGCUGGUGGAAGAACAGCAGCAUCUCAUCAGCAGCGCAGAAGACUAUAAUGAUACCAACUUCAAUUUCACUCUCAAAAUCUCCAGACCCGGCGAGGCUCCUGCUAACACUGCCAGCAUCUUGGCUUUACUGGAGACGCUGCAGAACGCUCCUCAUCUGGAGGUGCACAAGGACAUGAUCCGCUGGAUCCUCAAGACUGUGGCCUACAUCAAAACCACGCGUGAGUGCACAGCCAGUGCGCCCCCCAGUGACAGCUCAGGGCACAGUCAAGAGGAGACGGUGCGGGAUAAGGAAAAGGCGGAGCGGAAGAGGAAAGCGGAGAUGGCGCGACUCAGGAGAGAGAAAAUCAUGGCUCAGAUGUCAGAGAUGCAGAGACACUUCAUCAACGAGAACAAAGAGUUGUUCCAGCAGAGCCUGGAGGACCUGGACCCCUCCACAUCCUCCACGCUGGAGCACAGCCCCAGCUCGUGUGACAGUGCUCUGGUGUGUGUGGGCCCGCGGCGCUGGCGAGCAGGUGGCAGCGACCGCAGGCAGGUGGUGACAUGUAUCCUGUGCCAGGAGGAGCAGGAGAUCCGUAGCGACGGCAAAGCCAUGGUCCUCGCUGCAUUCGUCCAGCGCUCCACUGUCAUGUCCAAAAACCGCAAGAGACCACCACACAACCCAGAUAAAUAUGACCCCCUGUUCAUGCACCCCGACCUGUCGUUCGGCACACACACGGGCAGCUGUGGACACAUCAUGCACUCGCACUGCUGGCAGAGGUAUUUUGAGGCGGUGCAGGCUAAAGAGCAGCGCAGGCAGCAGAGGCUCCGUGUGCACACUAGUUAUGACGUGGAGAACGGAGAGUUUUUGUGUCCACUCUGCGAAUGUCUGAGUAACACAGUCAUUCCUCUGCUGCCACUCACUAAGACCUGCUGCAGCUCUGAACAGCCUGAUCUGAGCCAGUGGUUAAACAUCACCUCUCAUCAGAUGAAAGCCCUGAUCUCUGCUCACAGGAAGUCCAAAACCAGCAGUGCUGAAGCUGCUGAUGAAACAGACGGUGUCAAUGACUGUCCACCACCUGAUGGCUUCAGACUAGAUCACACUCCAAAAAAUCCAUAUUCAAGCACCAUAAAGGAGAUGCUGACUACGUUUGGGACAGCCACGUAUAAAGUGGGUCUGAAAGUGCACCCGAAUGAGCAGGACCCCCGAGUGCCAAUCAUGUGCUGGGGCAGCUGUGCCUACACCAUCCAGUCUAUAGAGAGAUUACUGGUGGAUGAAGAGAAGCCUUUGUUUGGAAGUUUACCAUGCAGACAGGACGACUGUUUGAGUUCUCUGACGCGGUUUGGCUCUGCCUGCUGGACAGUCUCCUCUCAUACCACUGUACAGAAUCACUUCAUCAGGCUCUUAGCAGCCCUUGUUCCUGAUCCCCGGGUGGAGAAUACCCCUUGUAUUCUGGAUGUAGACAUGUUUCACUUGCUGGUGAGUUUGGUGCUGUCCCAUCCAGCAGUUCUCUGUCUGGAUUCCUCAGGGCUCAGCGCAGAUGCUGCACAACUGCACUUCUUGCACCUGAUCACGGUCGCUCACGUUGUCCAGAUCCUCCUGACCUCUUUACCAGAGGAGGUGCGGAUGGAGCAGGAGACUGGAGGAGCCGAGAGAGAAGAGGAGGAGAGUGUGUGUUUGCUCUACAAUACUCUCAGGAGUCUGCUGGGCCGUGGCUUGCGGGAGGUGAGCUCAGGCUGGCAUCUGUGGCUCUGUGUGAAAGCUGGAAUCCUGCCUUAUCUGAGAGCCGCCGCUCUCUUCUUCCACUAUCUCAACGGAGCUCCAGCACCACCGGAGUUACACGCUCUAGGUGCGGGUGAAUGGGAGGCUCUGUGUGGAUACCUGUGUCUGCCUUCCAACCUGCUACAGCUCUACUUCAACAAUCUAGACAUCAUGGAGCCUCUGUUGCAUGGGUGGUGUUCUCAUCCAGCUCUUCAGGCCCUUCAGAGCAGCGUGACUCUCAUCAGGUUUCCCAGAGAGUCCAAUCAUCUCAUCGAUCUGCCGGGCGACUACAGCGCGUUGAUCAACCAGGCCUCCAGCUUCACGUGUCCUAAAUCUGGAGGAGAUAAGUCUCGCGUUCCUACUCUGUGUCUGGUGUGCGGUGCCAUGCUCUGCUCUCAGAGCUACUGCUGUCAGACGGAGCUGGAAGGAGAAGACGUGGGGGCCUGUACUGCACACACUUUCACCUGCGGAGCCGGAGUCGGCAUCUUCCUCAGGGUGAGGGAAAGUCAGGUCCUGUUCCUGGCUGGCAAAACUAAGGGCUGUUUUUAUGCUCCCCCAUACCUGGAUGACUAUGGAGAAACAGACCAAGGGCUAAGACGGGGGAACCCAUUACACUUGUGCCAUGAGCGCUACAGAAAGAUCCAGAAGCUGUGGCGUCAGCACAGCAUCACGGAGGAGAUCGGCCACGCUCAGGAGGCCAAUCAGACUUUGGUGGGCAUCGACUGGCAGCAUCUGUGAACUUGCAUUUCUCACAUUUACACACAAAGGGGACCCGCACAGCAGGGCCAGAGGCUCCACGCCGUGUCUCUCGCUCUUCCUCCACCCCUUUCUCCAUCUUUCUGACAGUGGACGAAUGCAUGACUUCUCUUUUCUUUUCGUCUUUUGAUGGAGACGUCUCCAUUUUUUUCGUUUGAAUAUGAAAUAAAUACAUAUUUAAAAAGACAUAUAGCCAAGGUGUUGAACCGCAACCAAUAAGGGUUCCUUAUUUGCAACAGAUAUUCUUCAUAGGAAUGAUAUUUAAUUUCUUCUCCAACUAAUGUUAAAUUAUUUUGGAGGUAAUUAUUUCGCUUCCACAUAUAGGUUUCUUCGCAAGACACUACUCUUAUCGCUUUGGGAGUGCUGUCCUUCAAGUAAGCACAAAUAUCCCUCAAAGCCCAAGCAGGGAUAGCGCCACCUGUAGGAUACACGCCGCAUUCUCUUUGCCCCCUUCAUCUCAAAGGCUGCAAUACAUUAUGAGUUAAGGCCACCUAAUUAAUGUGCUCUGCCAACGCACAUGAAUAUGUCCUUCGAACGCUCGGUUUCUGUUUGUCUGGGUCCUGUAUGAGUGAGUUUUUACGUGCCGGUGUGUAGUUGGUAUGUUUGUUAUACGAUGGUUUUUCUAAGGUGGUUCGUUUUUUUAUGACUGUUGUUGUUGUGUUGUUGUGAAGCUUAUUUAUGUGUUUCUGGCAGAUGUUUGUUGUGUUUAACUCAAAUCUAUGGAGUCAUGCUUUUCACAAAGUUGAACAUGACUUCCAUUCUUACACAUGAUUUUGACGUGUGCCGUGUGGUUAUUUUUUUUUCUUGAGACUGCUGCACCUUUUUUUCCGAGCAGUAACGAAUGCAGAUUUGCAUAUCCUUAAGUUUUGGUCUCCUUUUUUUCUUUAUAGUGGCCUUGGCCUGAGUAUUUAGUCCAAACGAAAGCGUAAACAUACACACAUGCUGCUUUCAGAUACAAGUUUUCAUGCCUCGCGCAAUUCAGAGGAAGGCCCGUUGUUUCUAAAGCGGUGAGCAUACUCCCUGAGACAAUUCCAGUGGCUGCUGCAGCGUAUUACUUCACGAACUGACUUGUUAAUAUGUGAAUUCUUGUAUAAAUGGGUACAGUGUACUAUAUUGUAAAACAUUAAUGAAAUAAAAAAGACAAAAAGAC